AUGGUGUCAUGCCCUAUAUGCGGGAAGAAUGUCAGAGAAGCCAACAUCAAUGCUCACAUCGACUCAGACUGCCAGAGCUUUGUCAUCGAUGACUCUUCGCUGAGUCAAGGUGACUCCUCUUCUCAGAAGAAUGGCUCAGCUAUAAAUUUCUUCCAAGCCUCCUCUGCUCGCAAAAAUACUUCCACCGUCGUUCACUCAUCAACACUCUCAACACCGUCUCGCAGUACCGAGGCCUCGAAGCAUCAACCUCCCUCUACACCGGCACAAGAUGACUUAAAGCGAAAGCGAGGGGCAGAGCCUGCUUCGUCGACGGCAGAGCCUGACGCAGACAGUGCCUCCAAGCGAAGCAAGCCAACGGCAUUCCAAAGAGCUGCCCCGUUGGCAGAACGCAUGCGCCCUAAAUCCCUUGACGAAGUUUGCGGACAAGACCUAGUCGGCCCCAACGGCAUCCUACGGUCACUGAUCGAGCAGGAUAGAGUGCCUAGUACAGGGAAGACAACAAUUGCGAGGGUGAUUGCAUCUAUGGUUGGCAGCCGCUUUGUGGAAAUCAACAGCACUACCAGUGGCAUUGCCGAAUGCAAGAAGAUAUUCGCAGAAGCACGGAAUGAGCUGGGCUUGAUGGGAAGAAGGACCAUACUUUUCUGUGACGAGAUUCAUCGCUUCUCGAAGACGCAACAAGACGUGCUUCUUGGCCCAGUCGAGAGCGGUGUUGUGACGUUGAUUGCAGCAACGACAGAGAAUCCUAGCUUCAAGGUUCAGAAUGCUCUAUUAUCACGCUGCAGGACAUUCACACUUGAAAGGCUUACCGAUGAUGAUGUUACAUCCAUUUUGAAGCGCGCGCUAGCUACAGAAGGUCAAAGUUAUUCGCCAUCUGAGCUCGUCGACGAUGAAUUAAUUCGCUAUCUCGCCACUUUCUCGGACGGCGAUGCGAGGACGGCCCUGAAUCUGCUCGAAUUGGCCAUGGGUUUGUCGAACCGGCCUGGGAUGACAAAAGAUGCCCUGAAAAAAUCACUUACAAAGACGCUGGUUUACGACCGAGCGGGCGAUCAACACUACGAUACCAUCUCGGCUUUCCACAAGUCCAUCCGUGGCAGUGACCCUGAUGCAGCCCUUUAUUAUCUUGCACGAAUGAUCCAAUCCGGCGAAGAUCCUUUGUAUAUCGCUCGUCGUUUGAUCGUCGUGGCAUCAGAAGAUAUAGGUCUGGCCGACAAUUCGAUGCUUACACUCGCCAUUUCGACUCAUAGCGCAGUAGAGAAAAUCGGGCUGCCAGAAGCUCGAAUCAAUCUAGCCCAUGCUACAGUCGCAAUGGCACUUUCGAAGAAGAGCACGAGGGCAUAUAGAGGUCUCAACAAUGUGUUUGGAGCCUUAUCCGAACCUGGAGUUGCGAGCUUGUCUAUUCCAUUGCACCUUCGCAAUGCCCCGACAAGGUUGAUGAAGGAGCUCGGAUAUGGCAAAGAGUACAAGUACAAUCCUCUUUACAAGGAUGGUCAGGUUGUUCAGGAGUAUCUCCCAGAACCGUUGCAAGGAAGAAAGUUUCUUGAGGAUAAUGAUUUGGGUGAUCGCGUGGACCCUGAACUCUUCAGCUAA